AUGUACCGCAUUCUCGCCACCGCCUCGGCUCUGCUGGCAACCGCCCGCGCCCAGCAAGCCUGCACCCUCAACGCCGAAAGCAAGCCUGCCUUGACCUGGUCCAAGUGCACAUCCAGCGGCUGCAGCAACGUCCGCGGAUCUGUCGUGGUUGAUGCCAACUGGCGAUGGACCCAUAGCACCUCCAGCAGCACCAACUGCUACACCGGCAAUACCUGGGACAAGACUCUCUGCCCCGAUGGAAAGACCUGCGCUGACAAGUGCUGUCUUGAUGGUGCUGACUACUCUGGCACCUACGGAGUCACUUCGAGCGGCAACCAGCUCAACCUCAAGUUCGUGACUGUUGGACCGUACAGCACCAAUGUUGGCAGCCGUCUCUACCUCAUGGAGGAUGAGAACAACUACCAGAUGUUCGACCUCCUGGGCAACGAGUUCACCUUUGAUGUCGAUGUCAACAACAUCGGAUGCGGCCUGAACGGCGCUCUCUACUUCGUCUCCAUGGACAAGGAUGGUGGCAAGAGCCGCUUCAGCACCAACAAGGCUGGUGCCAAGUACGGAACUGGCUACUGCGAUGCCCAGUGCCCUCGCGAUGUCAAAUUCAUCAACGGAGUUGCCAACUCCGACGAGUGGAAGCCCUCCGCCAGCGACAAGAACGCCGGCGUCGGCAAGUACGGCACCUGCUGCCCUGAGAUGGAUAUCUGGGAGGCCAACAAGAUCUCCACGGCCUACACGCCCCAUCCAUGCAAGAGCCUCACCCAGCAGUCCUGCGAGGGCGAUGCCUGCGGUGGCACCUACUCUUCUACCCGCUAUGCUGGAACUUGCGAUCCCGAUGGUUGCGAUUUCAACCCUUACCGCCAGGGCAACCUCACCUUCUACGGUCCCGGCUCCGGCUUCAACGUUGACACCACCAAGAAGCUGACUGUCGUGACCCAGUUCAUCAAGGGCAGCGACGGCAAGCUUUCUGAGAUCAAGCGUCUGUAUGUUCAGAACGGCAAGGUCAUUGGCAACCCCCAGUCCGAGAUCGUCAACAACCCCGGCAGCUCCAUCACCGACAGCUUCUGCAAGGCCCAGAAGGUUGCCUUCAACGACCCCGAUGACUUCAACAAGAAGGGUGGCUGGAGCGGCAUGAACGACGCCCUCGCCAAGCCCAUGGUUCUCGUCAUGAGCUUGUGGCACGACCACUACGCCAACAUGCUCUGGCUCGACUCCACCUACCCCAAGGGCUCCAAGACUCCCGGCUCUGCUCGCGGCUCUUGCCCCGAGGACUCUGGUGUCCCCGCCACCCUCGAGAAGGAGGUCCCCAACUCCAGCGUCAGCUUCUCCAACAUCAAGUUCGGUCCCAUCGGCAGCACCUACUCCGGCACCGGCGGCAACAACCCCGAUCCCGAGGAGCCUGAGGAGCCCGAGGAGCCUGGCACCGUCCCCCAGUGGGGCCAGUGCGGCGGCAUCAACUACAGCGGCCCCACUGCCUGCGUGUCUCCCUACAAGUGCAACAAGAUCAACGACUACUACUCCCAGUGCUACUAG